AUGUCACAAAAAUUGUUGAAACAAAUUUUUAAAAAUGGAAAAGAAAGUUUAAGUAGUGGUGGUGGAAUUGGUCAACAACAGCAACAAGUCACAUCUGUUACUAGUAUUUCUACUACUGACACUACUACUACUGAUACGACUACCACUACGAACAACACUGAAGAUCCACCUUCAUCACCAAUAUCAAGUUCUUCCAGUCAAAUUCAAUAUGCUAAAAUGCGUAUUAUUGCUAGUCCAAUAUUUCAUAUAAAAGAUGUUGUUCGUGCUCUAAUUACAUCUGUACCUAAAUCGAGUGAAUUAAUUGAAACACUUAUUCAUUAUGGAGACGUCUUAGGAGCAACAACAAUUCACGGAUAUUUAGUAGAAAAAACAUACGAAACAAAUACACUUAUUAAUGAUGAAUUUAGUGUUUAUCAAGGACCGGCAUUAUGUGUUACAUUUGAUAUUGAAUUAAAUGAACAACAAUGGGAAGAAUAUUUUGGCGUUCAUGAUGCAGCCAUUCAUCAACAAGAACAAUUACCUAUUCAAAAUGAACAACAAAAUUCAACGAAAAUUGCAUCCUUCUUUCAUUGUUCAGAUUUUAUAUGUGUAUCAAGUGGUUCACGUGUUGUUUAUUUUGAUCCAUGUGAUCGUAUGACAUCAGAUGAACGUUCAUAUGUAUCAAUAUUUGAUUUGGAAACAGAUGAUAUUGAAAUGUUUGAAGAUCAGUUUAAACCCUUAGAAUAUUUUUUAUCACCAUCUAAAACGUCUUUUGCCGGAACAAUUAUUCGUUUACCAUUACGAACAACGAAAAAUCAGCAAAUGAUUACAAAUCAACUAUACAAUUUAGAUGAUUUAUGUCAACAAAUUAACGAUUAUUUUAUUGGAAAUGAUUUAUAUUCUCAAAUUCAAUUAUUAUUAUCGACAAAUUUAACAUCUAUAACAUUUGAUCAUACAAAAGAUUUUCAUACAUUUAAACAGUUAAUACAAGUACAAAUACGAAAUCAAACAUAUCAAUUUAAAGAUUAUAUGAAAUAUUUACCAUCGACAACUGACUAUCCAAAAUCAAUCACAUCAAUAAUUAAUAUUGAAAAAGAAUCAUCGACACAUUUUUUAACUCCAACAGGAAAUAAUAGUCAAUUACAACCAAGUUCUCCACAAUCGUCUACAUCUGAUAAUUCACCCACAUCACCAUUAACUUAUACAAAAUGGUUAUUAUCAAUUUAUGUUGACUAUAAUGAAACUGAAAAAUGUGAAUUUAUUGUUAAAUUAUUAGUACCACUUUCAUCUCAUCUUCCACUUUUAAAAUUAUCAUCUAUUUCAUCAUCUACUUAUGCUACAUUUCGUUCAGUACAAUUAACUUCUAUACGUACACUCUACUAUUCUACGUCUAUAUCUCCAACAGUAACAUCAAAUUUAAGACAAUUAAAAUUUCCACAAGCGUAUGCUUUAAUGUUGAAAGAUUUUUCUCGUCUAAUUAAACCGUCAUCAUCAAAUACACAACAAUUUUUAUCAAAUGAUAUGUUAUGGUCACUUAUGCCAGAUAUUAAUGAACAACAACAAUUACAACAAAAUAAAAGUCAUGAAUUAACAACGACAACAAUUUAUGAUAUUAUGCCAGAUAUUUGGAGUGAAAUUGGUAAACAAGAAUUAUUUUAUAGUGUUACUGAUGGUUGGGGAUAUGUAGCCAUUGAAGAUAUGAUUAUAAAUGAUGUUGAAGAUCCUAUUCAACAAGAAGUUCUUACAUAUGUUUUUAGUGAAGCAAAUGCUCCCAUUGUUAUUUUACCACGACACAUUGUUCGUGGUCUAUGUAAAUAUUCCAAUAAACUUUAUUUACAAGUUAUGACACCAUUUCAUGCAAGUGAAUUAUUAUCAAAAAAUUCAUCUGUUUUACAACGUUUAUCUAUUGAACAAAAAUUAUCUAUUUUAACAUAUAUUAUUUUAAAUGAUCCAGAUCCGGGUCUCGUAUUAGAAUUAGAAUUAUUGCCAUUGGCAAAUGAACAAUUUGUUCAAUUUCAAACAAAAGGCAAUACGUUAAAAAAUGUUUAUAUUUUGGAUAAUGAAGAUUAUUUACAGUUAUUCGCACAACAAACAUAUGAGCAAAUAUUAAAACCAACUAUCAAUAAACAAUUAUUCAACAUAUUAUCAUCGAAAGAAUUUCAAGUACAGGUGAAAGCAGAACGAUUGAAUUUUUUAUACUCGUUUAUAAAAUCAUUUGAAAAAUAUACGCCCGUCUCACUUGAAUAUUAUAAUGAUUGA